AUGGAACAGUACGAUGUGGCAGUCGUUGGACUCGGCGUGCUUGGAAGUGGGGCAGCAUACUACGCUGCCCGAAAGGGCGCCAAAGUGAUCGCCUUUGAGCAGUUCGAAUUUGGACACGUUCAUGGAGCCUCUCACGAUACAUCACGCAUCGUUCGGACCUCAAAUUUUACGCCAGAGUAUGUGCGCUUAGCUAAAUCAGCUUACAAAGAUUGGGCCGAGCUCGAAAGGAUCACUGGCCAAAAGUUAUUGACCACUACGGGCGGCGUGAUUUUCUUUCCUGAGGAGCAGGGUGCACCAGUACAGGCUACCGACUUCACGACAAGUCUGGAUGCUAGUGAAGUACCAUACGAGCUGCUAAGUCCUCAAGAAGUAAAGAACAGAUGGCCACAAUUUGACGUUCCCGAAAAUGUGGCUACUGUGUUCACGGCAGAUAGCGGGAUUGCCCACGCUUCUAAGACAGUCAGCCUUUUACAAUCUCUUGCACGUACCCAUGGGGCAGUACUGAAGGACCAGACUCGCGUCGAUCGCGUGUAUCCCAAGACAUCGGGCGAUGGGGUUGUGAUAAAAACAUCCAAAAGCCAGUUUCAAGCAAGCAAGGUCAUUUUGGCGACAGACGCGUGGGUAAAUAAGCUCCUCGCGCCUCUGGGCACGCACAUCCCGAUAUCUGUAAUGCAAGAGCAAGUCACAUACUUCAAACCCACGGAGCCUGUUGACUUUCAAGCGGAUCGUUUCCCUGUCUGGAUUUGGAUGGGGACAACAUGUUUUUAUGGGUUCCCUUGCUACGGAGAGCCCACCAUCAAGGCAGCCCGGGAUACUGCAAAUAAUUUUAUGACACCGGAACAGCGCACAUACGUCCAUUCUCCAGAGUUACUUCAGCAACUAUCAUCUUUCUUGAAGAGUCUCAUUCCCGAUCACAAACGCCAACCCCUCCGCACGGUGACUUGCCAGUAUUCAAUAACACCCGACCGGCAAUUUGUCCUCAGUCCAUUGGAAAACCAUCCCGAUAUUAUCGUGGGUCUGGGAGCGGCUCAUGCAUUCAAGUUUGCACCUGCAUUUGGCCGAGCUUUAGCAGAACUGGCAGUUGACGGUAGAACCAAUGAGGAUAUCUCGAAAUUUGGUAUUCCUUCAGCUGCCACCUGCACCAGUAAACUCUGA